AUGGCUCUCGCCAUAAGCCAGCCAGCACAGCAGUGCGUAACAGAAGGCCUGCCGUGCGCCCCGGGGUUUGGUGCUGAGCACGCGGCGUGGCGGGGAGACCAGCUGUCCUCCCAGCUCUACAGGAACAAGCAGCUUCAAGAUACUUUGCUUCAGAAGGAAGAGGAACUUGCUAGGUUACAUGAAGAAAAUAAUAACCUUCGCCAGUACCUGAAUUCUGCCUUGAUUAAGUGUUUAGAAGAAAAAGCCAAGAAACUGCUGUCCUGCCAUGGCCAGAAAAACUGUGCUGUUCUCAAAAACACCAAAAGGAGAUUGAAAGAAGACCACUGCUUUGCUCCUCAGGAAAAUCCUCAUGCCUCCAAAGCUAGAAGGAAUCUCUUUAAUGAAUUCACUGCCUGUGAAGAGCAAGCCAAUCCUGCUGUGGACAGCUGGGUCUUGCAGACUUUAGGAUUGAAAGACAUCAACACUAUUGAUGAAUCCUUAUCAGCUAACUACAGUGCCCUGUCAGACCUUGGAAAAGACAGAUACUGCCUGAGCCGCGGUGAAGCAAUAGACUAUGACCACAGUGAGGGUGCGGCAGCAACGUAUAGCUGUGGCCAGAUGCCUCCAGCUAACAGCAGUGCCCAUCAGUGCAGUGAGGACUCUCCCUUCAUUCCUCAGCUCUCUUCAGCACCAUGUGUCUCCUCGCCAAUGCCAAGUCUUUCUUCCCUCCCACCUUAUGGGUUGCCUUACCUGACUAGUGACUUGUCACCUAACAAAACAGAAGUGGCCUUCACAACAUCUCUGAGUCCUCACCGCAAUGUGAAAACACACAGUUUCCACCAAGGACAAGCCUUUGUGCGCAGAGAUGAUGAUGGAGGAUGGAGAUUCACUUGGGUGCCCAAGCAGGGUGAAUAAGACACCUGCCUCAAGGGCCAGCAGUAGGGAAAACAGAAGACAGACACUUCAUCUUGUGCCUAAGACCACCUCAGGCAACAGAAAAGAUGUCCCUUCUGGGCUCUGUUAAAUGCUACUCUCUUGCCUACCUGCUCCUGUCUCCCUCCCAGAUUUUCACAGGAGCAGCUCCAGAUUGCACUUGGACAUAUAUCUAUUCCAGGCCAGUUGUACAAAUUGGAUCUAUUUCCCCUGUGCCUAUGAUGAGAGACCUACUUUUAUUGCUUCAUGGUUUUUCUGUCAUCAGCUAUUCCUUGCCAACUGGUAGCUUCCAAACUGGACUCCUUUCAGCACCAACAGUCACUUCUACAUAAACCAAAUGGGAAGGGAUUUGGGGAAUACAGUUUGGAAAUAUCACCUCUAUCACAGAUGUCCACGGGUGACAAAGAAGGCAUAGGUCAGUGGCUGAGGAUCAGCAGUGCCUAAGUGAUUUGGAUCUCUCUUGGCUACAUAGAUUGCCUUGGGUUAAGGCAACUAUGGUAUUUGUUAAUGAGCUACCCCAGCCUGACAGGCAGUCAGGCAGACCUAUCAUUUUUUGACAAUGUCUCAAAAUAAACAGGAUUUGCUUCUGUUGCCUGGAGGCCGCUUAGUUAGAAGUGAUUCAGCAAAUUUAGAUGAUUUUCUUCUGCUGUGAUUAAAAGACUAAUGUAUUUACUGCAUUAUGUUUUAAAGGUAUUUCGUCUGUCAGGUAAAUAGAGUUUUAAAAGUUUGAGCCCUGUUUCUCCCCUAGUCUAACUACAGAACAGGAACUAGGCCUGGAGAUGCUGUAAAGUGGAAUAAUGACAUUGCCAUAAUCAGCUAAGGCCCUGGCCCAAUGUGUUAGUGACAGGAGUUUUCUCAUGCAUGGAAAACAUACACUGAGUACACUUUUCUCUUCUGCAAAGGAUUCAUUCCCUUCACUUGCAGCAUACCAUCAGCCGCUCAAUGGAUUUUCUUCCAUGUUUACCCGCCUGAUGUUGGAAGCCCUUAUAAAAGGGAACCACUCUUGGCUACACAAGCAGUUUCUGUGGCUUCAGUGGGGCUUUUUGCAACAUCAAGAGCAGCACAUGUGAAAUUGGAGAUUUUCUUUCCAAUUUCUUGACCUCUUUGUCCUGAUCUCUGGGAUCAUACAGAAAUUCAUCGGCCCAUCAGCCCUGACUUGUGCUCCAGGUGUUCCUGUUAAUAGAAACAGGUUAGAGCUGCUUCCCAUUUUCCUCCCUCCAUGCUUUCUAUGGGAAAUGUUUCUUAUGUUUCUUCUGGUUUGAGGAGGCAGUAUCACUUAGUGCUUAGUGUGGUUCAUUGGGAACCACAGCCUUCAACAUCAGCUCUUGCCUGGCCGUGUCCCUGUGAAGCAAUGGUGUCCUGCAGCUAAGACCAUCACUGUCUCAAGAAUGCUUUGAAAUCUCUGGAGAGAAGGUGCUCUAGCACUAUGCAGGACUGUUAGUAACACUGCUAAUAAUAUGAAGUCAACUGACAUGAAGUAAGCUCACCAGUAAUGUUUUAUGUUACCUUUGUUUUCUACUUUGCAGUAGUUUGAUGCCGAAGUCAUAGAAACAAAGGGAGUUAUGUGGUUAUUCUUUCUUUCAGAAUGGUCCCAGUGACAUUAGGGAGCCACUCACAUGAGUAAAAAUAAACAUAUAUGAGGUUUCCUUCCAGCUGUUUAUUUUUCUAUAGAAAACUAGCUAUUCUUUUAUUUUUAGAGGAUAAAAAAUAUCUUCCAAAUAGCCUCUUGUGCCUUAGAAUUGCAGUAUUUGGAAUUGUCCAUCAAGAGCCAUAGUCAUUUCUUAAAAGACUUUUAAAUAAACAAACAGCUCCACAUAUCUGGGUAGUAACUUUAAAAUGAUAGGAUAGACUUUCAGAAUAGGCAUUUUGAAAGCAUUUUUUGUAGGCAUUACAGUUUGGAUUAAAAAAAAAAAAAAGAACAUGGAAUAAGGACAACAGUUUGUUGGGGGGAUUGUUUUAGCCAGUAAAAAUGUGGCCACCUGAGGAAAACUGGUCAGACAAGACCAAUGUAUCUAUAGCACUUUUCUUCUUUUAAAUGAGAGCCAGGAAAGAAAAAAACCGAUAUCCUACAAACAACUCAUUUCUUUUUCAAGGCAUUUCUUUUCUGUUAACAUUCUCUUGACCUACCCUAAAGGGCAGAUUGAAAAAAAUACUCUUGUUACUGAAGUUCUUUUUGUAGCGUAUGGUAGAACAGAGUGUAGAAAAUGCCCGCCCUUAACAUAAGUAUGUGAUAGGAGACCCUGGUGUGUGCGAUGACGUGGGAUGAACAGUAUUCAGAAAAUAAAUAGACAACAUGACUAGAGGAUUACAUCUGCUGCAGUUUUAUAUGCUACAUCUUUAAAGCAGCUGUAAAACAUAAGCAGAGAAAGAUGUCUGCAUAUUCCAGUGCUAUUGCUUAUGUAUUUUGAUAUUAUGGAGUUAGCUGCAGUUACAAAUGUAUUUUUAGUCCUGUCAACAAAUAUUAAAUCGUGUUUUGAUUUUUUUUUUUUUUUUUACAAAGAGAGAGAAAAUUAUUCUCCCUCUUUGACACUUCCUUUCCACAUUUUUAGAUCACUGCAUGUGAGAACAUCUCCUUCUGUGGAGAGCUGGUGAAGCAGAUGUAUCUUUGAUACAACCUCAAAGCAGGGUAUCAGGGUACCUGAUAGGUGCUUGAACCUUUGCCAGCCUUUUGGAGAGGGAUGCCUGGCCCUCUUGUCUCUUAGCAAAUAAAUUAUAGUUGUAAGUGGACUAUUUGAUGAAUAAUUCACCUAGACGUAAUCUCUUCUUCUUGUGGGUUCCUAACUUUUACUCAACAUGGAAGUUUUGAAUUCUGAGGCAGGAAUUUCUGUCCAAGAGUGACAUACUGGAGCUCAUUUGGGCAGAGAUUCCCAUGGUACUGCUCCUGUUAGCUGACCCCCUGCCCCCAGCACAUGCAGACCUAAAAUUCUGAUUUAGACUGCUUGAGCAAAGGACUCUGCAAUCUGCUCUGUGUGAACAAUGCUGCUGAUUGCUGUAAUGGAAGGAGCGUGCUGGAGAGGAAACCAAAAAAGUUUCUAAAGCUUUUUAGCAAACAUUUAGAGGAGAUUUUUUUUUCCUCACAGUAAUCUUUCUAAUAAAAAGAAAAUGGACUGUGUUUCCAUAGGAAAGUCAGCAAAAUUUGAACAAAUGUUUCCUGAGUUAUCAUGAACAACCGUACAAACAAGCCACCUUUUCUCUAACACCAAUCCACCUCAAGGACUAGAACAUCUGCUUUUCUGCUUCUCUGUAAAAUAGUAACACUCCCACUGAAUUCAGUGGUACACUUCUUACUGAAGAGAAGUCUCAAUGACCAAACUAUUCCUUUGGUUAAAUGUUGCUCCUACUCCCACAAAAAAGCCAAAAUAUCACAGUUCCUUUGUCUGCAGAGACAAGAGAGAGUAGGUCUGCCAGUACAGAGCCUAAAGGGGGCUUUGAGAUAGAUGUUCAGUCCUGACUUAAGUCUGAUGCCGCUUAUGUAUCCUUUUAGUCUCCAUUCCUAGGGCUGAAACAGAGCUAGACCCACACUGCUACUCAUGGAGAGUGUGAUGUAAUGCCACAGAGACAGCUAGAGAUCAAUAGGAAUGAAUGCAAAAAGUGGAAAUAUAAACCAGUGCUUUGCACAGCUAUCACAACAACUAGGCGGUCAAGAGAUAACAGAGAUGAGGGAGGGCUGCAGCUUUAUGCUAACGGCCCUGCCCUUGUAACUUCAAAAGUCAGUCGCGUAGCUGAAAUAGAGGAGCAGGGGACAGUUCCGGAUUCUGACGUUGCCUCUGGUAAUUCACUUAAUCUCUGUACUUUGGCUUCUACCGGUUCUGACCUUGGACCAGUUCAUAGCAAGCUGAACAUAAAACAUGAUUUUUGCUGCUGCAAACUAUAUGGGAAGUUCCCUCUUGCCAAGGAGGAACAUUAGGCCCAUAUACCUCGGCAAUAGGGAAGUAUGGCUUGAAUGGCCCAGAGGCACUAGGAGGUCCUUUGGGCAGUGGUGAAAUUCAUUGUCUGUAAAUAUCCAUCUUUUAAUAACAUAUUUGGUUUAUUUUUAUGUGAAAUUUGUUUGCUUUGUUAUGUGAAUAAAACACGUGCCCCUGCCUAUUUUAAAAUAAUCCAUGUCUUUAGAAAUAUGAGCUAAUAGAAAUGGAAGCUAAUUUAACACUUAAUAUGUUGAUGUUUAUGAUUUCUCUGUGUGAUUGAAAAGGUUAUAAUUAUACGUAAGAGUCAAUAUUACUAUUUUCAUUAAGUUAUGUCUAAUAAAACUUGAAAUAACAUCUAAUUGCAAUAAAUAUCUCUUCUUACAGCUACCCACUUAAAUAUCUAGUAAACAAUGAAGCUAUUGCUCAUGCUGCACAGCACAAUACCUAGCACCUAAACAUCUCUCUAGAGGAUGGAAAUU